ACACGUCAUUGCAUUUCGUGCCGGUUAUGUUCUCUUUGGCCAAAGUGAAUUUUGACGACCACUGCGAUGUUGCGGCAUAUUGUUCUUCCGUUUCCGUUAGGGAGUGUGGUGGUGUGGUGAAGUAAAAUGUCUUCUCAUUUAUCAUGGAUGAUCAUCCGGAACAACAAUGCGUAUCUCCUGAAGAAAAGGAACAUCAACAAACCAUUCAGUACGGAGCCAAACAACCUUAUUAAUGUCAGUUCAUAUCGGUUCAGUGGGUUGAUUCACCGGAAGAGUGUUGGAUUAGUUGCUGCUCCAGAUAGCAAGGGCUUCACUGUUGUUUGCAAGAAAUUUAAAGCCUCGCACAAACCCGCAAAAUCAGUUACAAAAAGGACAAUGAAAGCAGGACCUCGACGCUCCCUGUACAAGUUGAAGAGGCUUCUUAAAGCCAACAGGUUCAGGAGUGACAUAAGGAAGGCUGCACUGCGCCGGGCUAGUGCUGUUCUACGUUCUCAGAAACCACUUCCUGUCAAGAAGGCACGGGCAAAGAAAACUGAAUAAAGCUACAUUAUUUCUUUUCAAUAAAUGUAAACACUCCAG